CUUCUUGUCUUGGACAAGUCAUAUGACUUCCCUCGCGUUGAUUAUGGUAGCUAAAAAGUAGAGUGAGGCAGGCGCACACUUUCAAUGUCUAUGCUAUCAUAUGGCAACACUUUCAGUGAAUGGUCAUUUUGCGUUGCUCCUGAUAUGGAUUGGUAUUUGGCUUUCGGAGUGCAACAAUAUUGGUCCCUCAUUGGACGAUGACCUCCUAUCGCCGUACCCCUACGGCCAUAGCCAUGGACCCUCUCACUCCCACCGUCAUGUCCGAGACUGCCAGUCCGUUGUCCAUGGCAACGUCACCCACCAGACCUGGCCUGCCAGCAACCACACUGGGGUGCCUGUGGCUGAGUCGAAAGUCUUCAUCUCUGACGUCCCUGGCACAACCCGAUGGGUCACAGGUCACAUUACAGUGGUCCACGACCCCCUGAGGACGGUGUCUGUGCUGGAGCCUGGAGGGCCGGGGGGGUGCGGGAUGAACCAGAGGGAGGCGGUGGAGGAAACUGCUAGAGCCGGCAGGUGUCUCUAUGCCCAGAAUGGAGGUUUCUUUGAUACUAGGACCGGGGAGUGUUUGGGGAAUCUAGUGAGUGACGGGGUGCAAGUGAGGGACAGCAAAGGGUUGCAGAAUGCCCAGUUUGGCAUCCGGAGGGACGGGACGCUGGUGUUUGGUUAUCUCUCUGAGGAGGACGUUCAGGAUGAAGCCAACCCCUUUGUGCAGUUGGUCAGUGGGGUGGUGUGGCUGCUCCGAAACAGCCAGGUCUACAUUAACCAGAGCAUAGAGGCUGAGUGUGACACGACACAGGAGACAGGGAAUUUCCGCCAUUUUGUGGACGUAGUGUCAGCCAGGACAGCGGUUGGUCACGAUCAGGAGGGGAAACUAAUCCUGUUCCACAUAGACGGACAGACUGACCACAGAGGUAUGAAUCUUUGGGAGGUGGCAGAUUUUCUGAAAGGUCAGGGGGUCAUCAAUGCCAUCAACCUGGAUGGGGGUGGUUCCUCCACUUAUGUGGCGAACGGCUCAUUGGCCAGCUACCCCUCGGACCACUGUGUCUCAAACCCCAUGUGGCGCUGCCCUCGGCGGGUCUCCACCAUCCUGUGCGUCCACCAGCCCCAGUGUCAGCCUGAGGACUGCAGUGGGCACGGGACGUGCAUCAAUGGGCACUGCCAAUGCCAGGAGGGCUGGAGUGGGACUGGCUGUGACACCCUGGUGUGCCAACCUCCCGCCUGUGGUGCCCACGGUGUCUGUACACAGGAUGGCUGUGCGUGUGACGCUGGAUGGAGAGGGAAGAACUGCAGCCAAGUGUGUGAUUUGGGUUUCUAUGGAGACGGCUGCAACCAGACAUGCACCUGCACUAACGGGGGCUUAUGUGACACUGUUCACGGUGACUGCAGCUGCCCCAUUGGUUUCCGUGGCGACUCCUGUGAACAAGAGUGUCCUCUGGGUUUGUACGGGCUGGACUGUGGGCAGGAGUGCCAGUGCCAGGACAUGUGCCCAUGUGACCCGGUCACAGGAACCUGCAAUGCCCUGUUCCAGGGAGAGAAGAACCAGAGCAUACACAGAGCUGGCCAUUGUCUGGCCAAUCAGAUGUUUGCAACAUGGAGUGAGGAGGAGGCACACAAAUCCAAGCCUUAUCUCUCCGAGCAGUGCUGGCUCAUCGUCACUGGCCUGUUGACCUCUCUGCUGUUGUCCAGCCUGGUGGGUCACCUGAUCAUGUGUUGGCGGUCCCCGGCUCACCACCCCGGCCGUGUGGACUACUCCUACGUGCCACUGACAGAGAUUGGUGGUGCGUGCAGUUCAGGGGACAGAGGGAAAGGGUCGCAACCCAGCAGAGGCGUAUUCGAGAUGGACUCAGACUCCCAGGAUGAACUGUGGUCGGGUCCACGCUGAGGGAGGGUGAUGGGGGACGGGUGGGAGUGAUCCUACCCUGUUAGGACCUCUAACAUAUUGUAAAGAGGGGAGGAAGGUUUAUAUAGAGAAUGGGUUGCAAUCAAUGAAGGAGAGGAAGAGAUGGAGCCAGGGAUAGAGAAGAGCAUAAAGAGGUCAGAGUGCAGUGCAGAGAGAGGGAUCCAAGAGAAGGAGGGGGGGUGUGAUGACGAGGCCACCGGAUGUUUCAAACUCUAUCCCCUAUUUGAAGAGGGCUCUUUGUAUUUUCCCUCCGGCUCAUCAGCCACCAUCUCGUUAUCCAGAGUGGAUGUAAAGAGGAAAAACAGACUGAAAAGAAAGAGGCAUAGAAGUAAGAGGAAGAAAAUAACUUCUCACCCUUUGUACUGUUUUUUUUAAACUAAAUGACUUUUAUUGUGCUCCACUCUAGAUUUUUCUAAGUGACAAAGAAGAAACAAUAUGCCAAAAUAUUUAAUCGGGACUAAUAUCAAUAGUAGACUGUAUGUUUCAAUAUAAGAAUAGCUAUUUUAAGGGGACAUAAACAGAGAAGACCUUUGUUUGCCAUCCUGUUCCACAAGCAUGGGAUGGAUUUCUCCACUUGUUGCCAUGAGAACAGACAAGGUAAGAACUUUGAACCCUAGCCAGGAAAUCCCCAACGCUCCAACCCACUGAACCUUGUAUUUAUGGAGUCCACUUUUUCAAAUGAUUCAAUGCACCCAGGUUCACUGGGAUUGUUUUUAAUAUUUCCAAACUAUUUUCUUUCUGUGAAGUCAUGUUUCCACCAGCCCAAUGAAGCACCCAUUUUUGUAACUGUUCAGACGAACUGUUGAAAUCAUGUUUAAAGGUUGUCUGGGUGCCAAGUGUGCUUCUGGUUCAGCCAAAAUUUUCUAAGGCAGCAGUAGGGAUUUGAAUGCAGAAAUAAGCAUGUACUCAAACUAGUUUGACAGGACCUGAGUGAGUAUAUAUUUUUUUGUCUGACAGAUUGUUGACCUCUCCUUGACCCCAAUCUCAAUUAUUUAACAGAAAGUUAAUUCUAGUUAUUUUUCAGUUGAGGCUUCAGAGACUAGAUAAUCCUUUCUCUUUUCCAUAUUAUAAGAAUUGUGUGGCGGCUUGGUGAGGUGGGGGGGGUAAUUAUGUUGGGAGAGUGGGGAUGUAAAGAAGGAUGUUCAAUUUUAAUCAAACUGUGUGUGGAGUUAUCUAUAUCUCUCAGACUAAGGUUAGGAUUCACUUUGAGAAAUACCAGGGGUUGUUAUAUUACAAGGCUGUGGGAGAACACUUGAUGGGAAAUGUGUUUUGUUGAUGUUCUUACAUGUGUAUUUAACAUGCAGGUUACCAGAUUGUGGUCUAUAUGGAGGCUGUUAGGGAAUUUAAUUGUCCCACUGAGACGGCUAAUGACCUGUGCUCAAAAACAGUGAAAGGACUUUAUACAGUGACAAUGACUCACUGUGUGCUAGCGAUGCUGUUGUGUUUGUAUAGUUACCUAUCUUGACUCGCACUUCCUUGAACUGGUGAAGAAAAUGAAGGAAUUUAAUUUGCGCUCUCACUUCAGGCAAGGCAAAAUGCAAAUCAGGGUGAUUGCUUGAGUAGAUGUUUGUUUCAAUACAUUUGCCUGUUGUAGUGUUGCGAGACUGGUUUUGUUUGGUAAAUUGUAGAUGUUUUAUUAUGCAGCUUCUAUGAGCUAGCUGGACAACUAGAGGUGCCUGGCCUCACUACCCUGGAACAUAUAUGUGGCAGGUUAGCCUUACGGUUAGAGCAUUGGGCCAGUAACUGAAAGGUUGCUAGUUCCUUGCUAGCCAUCAAGGUGAAAAAUCUCUGUGCCCUUGAGUUAGGCACUUAACCCGAAUUGCUCCAGGGUCACACUGGCUGCGAUCCCACUCUCUGAAGGGUGUCUUGGGAAGAGUUGGGAUAUGCAAAAAAUGAAUUUCCAAAUCACACACGUGUAUUAAUAGGACUAAUAUAAGCACCCACCAAAUUAUUUUUAUUACAUACUGUACGCUUGUAAUUAAUGGGUCUUUUGCUUGAAUGUCUUUUUUAUUUAUUUUUUAUUUUUUGCAUAAUAGCAUAAUGCCAAAUGAUUGGGGGUUGAUUUAAUAUAUAUUUGUUAAAAAUUGGACUUCCUCUGUGUUUUACUCAGGCAAGGACAUAAUUAUGUUUAGUCCCCAUCCAAUAAGGGUCAGGAAUUGAUACUUCAAUAUUUAUAAGUUUGAUAAUGUGUUAAUUUUUGCCAAGGAACGUAUUUGAUGCACUAUAGUCAUGUAUAGUGUUUAAUCACAAACUAAAGUCAAUGAACUGAAACUGGUGUAAAAGUUUCCCAUGAUUGUGCUUCCUUUACUGUCAUUGUGGUGAAUGACAACUCGCAUACCUUGUCUACUUGAAACUUCCUGCUGUUAAUAUGCAAAUGUCAAGAAUUGAGAAACUGCAUUUUGUUGAAGGUGGUUGGCAUGUCACUGCUGAGUUUUAGUAAAGAUUAUUUUUCACCAAUAAAGCCUUUUUUUCAGUA